AUGGCUCUUACCGUUAAAGAAGAAGAAUUUUCAAAUACACUGAUUAAAAAUGCUUCAGCAUUUGAUCGAUUGAAAAUAGGUAAUUUGAAGAACUUGAAAAUCCAGAAAAAACUUCAGUUUUUAUAUUUAAUAUUGUUUGUCCUUAUUACUGGUGUGUUUUUCUUUUUUUUGAUUGGAAAUUUUUAUUCUCAUCGCAAGUUGUAUCAAGUUAUUAAAAACACAAAACACACAACUAUAGGAUUUAAAAUAGAUAGACCACAUGAUAAGGUUUUAAGCUCUGUAUUGAAAAAUAAAUUAAGUACAUAUGUAAAAGAGAGUUUCAAAUUUUUUAAAUCAGGUUAUACACAAAAAGGAUACUUAGGAAGUGAAAAUGAUAGUAUUGAAUUAGAUGAUGUAGCUAAUUUAAUGUUUUAUGGUGAAGGACAAAUAGGAGCUAAUAAACAACCAUUUAUGUUUAUAUUCGAUACUGGUUCAGCUAAUUUAUGGGUUCCAAGUGUAAAUUGUGAUUCUAUUGGAUGCAGUACUAAACAUCUAUAUGAUGCAUCUGCAUCUAAAUCAUAUGAAAAAGAUGGAACCAAAGUAGAGAUAUCUUACGGUUCUGGAACUGUUAGAGGAUAUUUUAGUAAAGAUGUAAUAAGCCUUGGAGAUUUAUCACUUCCAUAUAAAUUUAUUGAAGUUACAGAUGCAGAUGAUUUAGAACCUAUAUAUAGUGGUUCUGAAUUUGAUGGUAUCUUAGGUUUAGGAUGGAAAGAUUUAGCUAUUGGUGCAAUUGAUCCUGUUGUUGUUGAAUUAAAGAAACAAAACAAAAUUGACAAUGCUUUAUUUACAUUUUAUUUACCUGUUCAUGAUAAACAUGUUGGUUAUUUAACUAUAGGUGGUAUUGAAAAUGAUUUUUAUGAAGGACCAUUAACAUAUGAAAAAUUAAAUCAUGACUUAUAUUGGCAAAUAGAUUUAGAUAUACACUUUGGAAAAUAUGUUAUGCAAAAAUCUAAUGCUGUUAUUGAUAGUGGUACGAGCACAAUAACUGCACCAACAAAAUUUCUUAAUAAAUUUUUUAAAGAUAUGAAUGUUAUUAAAGUACCCUUCUUACCAUUAUAUGUAACUACCUGUGAUAAUGAUGAUUUACCAACACUUGAAUUCCAUUCAAAAAAUAAUAAAUAUACAUUAGAACCUGAAUUUUAUAUGGACCCAUUGUCAGAUAUUGAUCCAGCUUUAUGUAUGCUCUACAUAUUACCUGUUGAUAUUGAUGAUAAUACUUUUAUAUUAGGAGAUCCUUUUAUGAGAAAAUAUUUCACCGUUUUUGAUUACGAAAAAGAAAGUGUUGGAUUUGCAGUAGCCAAGAAUUUAUAA